AUGUUAUCAAAAAGUCAUAUUAUAAUUAUUUGUCUAUGGGUAAUCAUUGGCACAAUAAUGUGCAGUAAUAAAAAUAAGGAAACCGAUGUCAUGGAUGAUAUAUGUACAACUGGUGGGAAUGUUGCUUGUCGUAUAUAUUGUUUCGCUACAACAUUUUCAUUAACUGGUUAUUGUGAUGCAAAUAAUGAUUGUAUUUGUAACUCAACAUUAACUACGAAUAGUAAUAAUAAUAAUAUUAUUGAAGAAGUUGAAGUGUAUAUUAUUAAUAAAUGA